GUGCACCCCUAGGUUUUAUGUGUGGUGUUUGUGUGAGAUGAGGAUAUCAGGGGUUGGGGAAGCCCUUUACACAGUAGCUCAUGUGGUUUUUCUUGCCUGGGUAGGUGACUGAGGCACUAAGGCCGUACAGGGGCUGCUGGAAGAGCGAGAGCAGCAGAAAUACCAGAUCUGUGCCCUGGAAUGUAUCUGGCCAGUUCUUUUUUUCAUAUGCAUAGCUCAUUAUCAUCACUAAGGUUGCUGCAGGGAGGCCCAGAGCAGAGGGCCCUUCUCCUGGAGCAAUGCCUGGAGGGACUGAGAAGGGAACUGCAGGGCCUUCAAAGCCAGGUGCAGGAACAGGCCCAAGCCCAAAUACAAACAGGACCACGAAAGUGCAGUGCUUCUAGUGGCCUUCACCAAGAGCUGCAGAAUGAGCGGCAACUCCUGUGGGAGGAAUCAGAGCUUCUUUGGGAGGAGCUGAAGCUGCUGCGGGACUAGCUGAGCCAGCACCAGGAGCUGCUGCUGAAGCAGAUGGCUGAGGGGCAGCAAGCUCAGGCCCACAGCUGGAAGGACCUCCGUUCACAUCCUCCAAUCUAAGCUGCCUGUGGCUGCCACCUUUGCCACAUCUCUUUCUUCAUCUAGCUCUGAAGUCAGUCUUCUGGACAAUCUCCAGAGGAGCACACUUUCUAAACUGGAGCCCAGCAGCUUACAGCUCUAGGCCCAGAGCCCUGAGCAGGAGAACCUCUUCUUUAAGGGCCUCACAAUGUUCCUGAGUGACCUGUAAGGACUUGAAAGAGUAGUUUUGCUCACCUUCCCCUCCAAGGCCUUGUUUCUGGGCCCCCUGCCCCUCUUCUUGAUCUAGUUGGUAUCUGCCCUCCCUACUGAGGCUUGUCACUGCCUGCCCAUCCCUGUCCACCAACUGCAAUAAAAUGUUUUAACCCUCCCUGA